CUAGUUAGUUUAAUGGAAUGAUGAAGACGAGCUUCAUUAGCACACUGAUCUUUGGGCUCAGUUUAUUACAGAGAUCGCUUCAGGCCCCACAGAAUGUACCUCAAACCGUAGAGGCAGGUUCAUCCUCGAAGGACGAAGGAUUGGACAAAGGAAAAGGUGUAGUUGACGCCAUCAAGUGCAAAGUCGGGGAAAACGUGACUUCUUCCGGUUGCGAGAAAGCGAUGACGGUCCAACACCAGAGUUCUAUUAUCAAACCUUCGGAUAAUAAUGGUGACGAUGAGCAGGAACAGACCAAGAAAAAGAAAAAACACCAACGCCCCAGCAGCGACACUCGAGUUACUGGAAAAGAUCGACCAUGGAAGUACGUAUUUUUGCCGGGGAGAAAGCUAGACAAAGGCAAAAGAUGCCGACCAAAUGAGGUUCAGGGAAAGAAUCAGCGAUGCAUUCGCAGAAGACGUCCCACAACAAUGAAGCCUACCCGCAGAUAAAACAUCUUUCCCCAAAAUACGAACUAUUAAUUUAUGAAAAAUAAAAGCCAUACAAAAAUGUUGGGACUAAAUGGCACCUCUCAUUGCACCAAA